CUUCCUUAGCGGAUGCUUACGUUAUAAAAUAAACCUAUUCCAAAUUUCAGCUUUCUAGGCUCAGUAGUUUUGGCUGUACGCUGAUAGGUCAGUCAGUCAGUCAGGACAAACAAUUUUAUAUAUAUAUAGAUAAAUAAAAGAAGUAAAAUUCAUUAAAAAAGCCACCAUCCCAAGCAAUUUGGCAACGUUUUAAAUCGCUGAAAAAGCCAGUCGCUGAAAACUGAAAGAAAAUAAAAACGUUCAAACGCGCGGCAAGCCAAUAUAACGCAAAACUUCGUUCCAGCGUUUAAAUUUAGAUAAAAUUCUCCUCAACUCGAUCUCUAUCGACACAAAUUGAAAAUUUUUAGAACAGUCCAUUCGAAUCUUUCAGCGGUAUAAGAAAAAUUUUAAUUAGCAGUGUUGUGACGUUAUAAUUUCGAAAUUUUAAAGGAUUAUUGUGAAAAAUGCCGUCAUUAUCAUCACCAACACAAUCAAUGGACACCGUAUAUCCCGAGCCAAUGUCGAGGCUCAACAGAAGAGUAAUUCCUAAAAAGAGAAGAGGAGGCUCUCACAGAUAUCGAACUCAACCAGUUACAUUUUCAGAAAUACAGGAAGUAGACGAAGAAAACGUAACCGAAGAAACCAUCCCGGAAUCUUCAACAUCAAAGUCCGAACUCAGCCUUUUAAUUAAUCAAAAAUUCGAAGAAUUCAAGAAGUCCAGAGACAAUGACUUUGUUCUUAGUGCUCUUAAUGAAGAAAUAUUAGUUAAUAAUUCCAAAACAAGUGUUCCCUUAACUACCUGCAGGUCAAUAGGACGACUGCCUUCGAGGCCGUCUUUUUAAUAUUCCUAUUUUCCUAAAUAUAAGAAAAGCUUUGAAUAGAUUUUAUACGUUGAUAUACUCUUUAGAAUAAGUAGGUAGUUUAUACGAAUUAAGACGGUUAUUUAGAUUUAGUUCAUAUUUAAUCCGUGAUUAAUCUGUACUCCAGUGGCAGGACAAUAGGUAGGUUAAGUUAUUUUAGAAUAUUUCCGCUCUCAUAAGAUAUUUAAAAGAACAACACUAUAAAAAAUAUAUAAAUACAUUUUAAUUUCUCCCUCAUUGUUUUUAAUUGCUUGGUUCGAUAGACACUAACCUCUUCUAAAUAUUUUGAGUUUAGGCUAGUUUGCAGUUAACGCAUUAAAGCAACAAACUUUAUUAUAAUAUAAAAGAGACAAUGGUAAUUAAAUAAGAAACGACUUACCUGUAAGGAAGAUCGUUCUGAAUUAUAUAAGUAUACUCGUGGGCAUCUUAAAAAUACUCUAUAUCCAAAUACUUCAUGAACUUUUUGACUAAUCCAUCAUGCCAAACUCGGUUAAAAGCUUUUUUAACAUCUAGAACAACGGUUAAUGAGAUUUUUUGAGUGUUUACUGCAGUGACCGCAGUAGUGCGAACAAAAUUACACUAUAUGUUUAUAUAAAUUAGUGGGACGGUGGACUGAACGGUGGAUCGGCCGUUAAAGCACCAAACAAAACGAUUAAAAACUAGUCCGACGGAAGACUGCACGAUGACGUUACUGAUUAGCGCAGAUAUCGAGGCCUGCUGAGGCUCUUUGACAUAGAUAUAAGUAAAUUCAUACAAAACUAUAGACAUUACUCCACUAUCGUUCUAACAAGCUCACCCAAAUUGAUAUAUAAUGCUUGUAAAGCAAGGAGAUGGCAAAUUCACAAUUAACAUGUACGGUAAAUCGGCUUUGAGAUCGGCCACGGCCUAUUUUAGGUCAUUGCGGGACGGAGCUUCAUGAAGACAAUUUAGAAGCAAUCCCGUAUUGUAUAUAUUACUGUAUAAUGCUAAAUGAUAUGUAUAUAUUUGUAAAUAGUUAAUAAAUGAUUUUUGAAUUGAAUAUCGACGCCUGCCUCGAUAUCUGCGUUGGCGAUGGAUUUCACCGUCCAGACUCGUAAUAUAGCAACAAAUUCACAAAAUACCCAACACACAAGUAAAUUCAUUUCAAUUAUCGAUCACAAACUCGUCAAUAUUGCCAUAAUAUAAUCAUUCGAUAAAGAGAUGGCACCUUAAAAUCCAGAAAUUAUUAAAUUGGGCAAUGGAAUUACAGGCUAGGGCGUCUUGCGCGCCCAAUUUAGUCGAGAAUUGAG